AUGGCGAUCAAGAGGACCAAGGCCGAGAAGAAGAUCGCGUACGACCAGAAGCUCUGCCAGCUGCUCGAGGAGUACACCAAGGUGCUCAUCGCCGUCGCCGACAAUGUCGGCUCCAAGCAGCUCCAGGAGAUCCGCAAGGGUCUCCGCGGUGACUCCAUCGUGCUCAUGGGCAAGAACACCCUCAUCCGCCGCUGCAUCAAGGUGCACUCGGAGAAGACCGGCAACAAGGACUUCCUUGAGCUCAGCAACCUCCUCGUCGGUAACGUUGGCCUCAUCUUCACCAAGGGUGACCUCAAGGAGGUUCGCGAGGAGGUCGCCAAGUACAAGGUUGGUGCUCCUGCUCGUGUUGGGCUAGUUGCACCUGUUGAUGUGGUGGUUCCCCCUGGCAACACUGGUCUGGAUCCCUCCCAGACGUCCUUCUUCCAGGUGCUUAACAUUCCCACCAAGAUUAACAAGGGUACUGUGGAAAUUACUAUCCCAGUGGAGCUAAUCAAGAAAGGUGACAAGGUGGGCUCCUCUGAGUCUGCCCUGCUUGCCAAGCUUGGUAUCCGCCCCUUCUCAUAUGGACUGGUCAUCUGCAAUGUCUAUGACAGUGGGUCAGUCUUCAGCCCUGAGGUUCUUGACCUCACCGAGGAAGACCUGAUGGACAAGUUUGCAUCUGGUGUUUCCAUGGUUGCCUCACUGUCCCUGGCGAUCUCAUACCCCACCAUGGCUGCUGCGCCUCACAUGUUCCUCAACGCAUACAAGAAUGUUCUUGCGGUUGCUUUGGAGACAGACUACUCAUAUGACCAUGCUGAUAAGAUCAAGGAGUACCUCAAGGACCCCAGCAAGUUUGCCGUUGCUGCCCCUGCUGCUGCUGCCUCUGGUGGUGCUGCCGCCUCUGCCCCCAAGGAGGAGGAGAAGAAGGAUGAGCCCGAGGAGGAAUCAGAUGGCGAGAUGGGAUUCAGCCUGUUCGACGACUAA